GGGUCGGGAGGCCGGCUGGGGCCGAGCCGCCGCCUGCCGUCGCGAAGGGCCGCAAAGCCAAGCGCAGCCCCGGCACUCCUCCAGCUCGCACCGUCGGGCCCCCGGCUCCCAUCGCCCGGGUCCCCGCCGUGACCCUCUCGGUGACCUCGGUGGCCGGCUCGCGUAUCAGCCACACGGACAGCAGCUCGGAUCUCUCCGACUGCGCCUCCGAACCCUUGUCUGAUGAGCAGCGUCUGCUCCCCGCCGCCAGCAGCGACGCCGAGUCGGGUACCGGUUCCAGUGACCGGGAGCCCCUGCGCGGAGCACCCACCCAGACCUCCGGAGCCCGCGGGCCGCCGCCGGGCAGCCCUGAGUCCCCCGCGCUGCUCACGGCGCCCCCUGUCGCUGGUGCCGGUCUCGGGGGCCGAAGCAGCCCAGGCGGGGCCCCCUCAGGGUCCCCGGGACACGGUUCGGUGGAGGAUGUUGGGGGCCGAACGCCACCGGAGCGGACGAUUCUCGGGACUCCCAGGGAUCCUAACUUGGGCGAGCAGCCCCGGCUCCUGGUGGUGGCGGAGGAAGAAGAGUUGCUGAGGGAGAUGGAGGAACUGCGUUCGGAAAAUGACUACCUCAAGGACGAGCUGGAUGAGCUCCGUGCAGAGAUGGAAGAGAUGAGGGACAGCUAUCUAGAAGAGGACGGUUAUCAGCUGCAGGAGCUCCGGAGAGAGCUGGACCGUGCUAACAAGAAUUGCAGGAUCCUGCAGUACCGACUCAGGAAGGCUGAGCAGAAAAGUCUGAAAGUGGCCGAAACAGGGCAGGUGGACGGGGAACUUAUCAGAAGCCUGGAGCAAGACUUGAAGGUCGCCAAAGACGUGUCUGUCAGAUUGCACCACGAACUGGAGACUGUGGAGGAGAAGCGUGCUAAGGCGGAAGACGACAAUGAAACUCUCCGGCAGCAGAUGAUCGAGGUGGAGAUAUCCAGACAGGCCCUCCAGAAUGAGCUGGAGAGAUUCAAAGAGAGUUCCCUGAAGAGAAGAGGCAGCCGGGAAAUGUACAAAGAGAAGAAAAGUCUUAGCCAGCAGAAUGGUGGAAUGGAACGCCCUGGGAACUGCAGGUUGGCCACCAAAACCCCAAGGAAGCUGGCACCAAGGCGCAAGGAUGACAGCGCGGAUCUGAAGUGCCAGCUUCAGUUUGCCAAAGAGGAAGCCUCCCUGAUGCGCAAAAAGAUGGCCAAGCUAGGGCGGGAGAAGGACGAGUUAGAGCAGGAGCUGCAAAAGUAUAAGUCCCUCUAUGGUGAUGUGGACAGCCCGCUCCCAACAGGGGAGGCCGGUGGGCCCCCCAGCACCAGGGAGGCCGAGCUGAAGCUGCGGCUGAAGUUGGUGGAGGAGGAAGCCAACAUCUUGGGCCGGAAGAUCGUGGAACUCGAGGUGGAAAACCGCGGCCUCAAAGCAGAGAUGGAGGACAUGCGGGUUCAGCACGAGCGAGAGGCAACAGGCAGGGACCACGUGCCAAGCAUUCCUACCUCACCCUUCGGGGACUCACUGGAGUCCUCCACGGAGCUCCGUCGGCACCUACAGUUUGUGGAGGAAGAAGCUGAGUUGCUGAGGAGGUCCAUAUCCGAGAUCGAAGACCACAAUCGGCAGCUGACCCACGAGCUGAGCAAGUUCAAGUUUGAGCCUCACCAGGAGUUGUCAGGGUGGCUUGGGGACAGUGUAUCUAAGGGUCCCGGGGCCAGUGUUCCCCUGCAGGAGGAGCUGAAGUCGGCCAGGCUGCAGAUCGAUGAGCUGAAUGGGAAGGUCCUGAAGCUGCAGUAUGAGAACCGGCUGCUGCUGUCCAACGUCCAGCGGUGCGAUCUUGCUGCGCACUUGGGGUUGCGUGCCCCGAGCCCCCGAGACAGUGACGCCGAGAGCGACGCAGGCAAGAAAGAAAGCGAUGGCGAGGAGGGCCGCCUGCCCCAGCCGAAGCGAGAAGGCCCCGUUGGUGGGGAGAGCGACUCAGAGGACGUAUGGGAGAAGACCUCCGGCUUUGGAAGUGGGAAGCCUUCAGAGGCGAGUGAGCCGUGCCCAGCAGAGCUCCUAAGAGUCCGGGAGGACACCGAGUGCCUGGUGACCAUAAAGCAGGAGGCCCAGCGGCUGGAGCGGACGGUGGAGCGCCUCAUCACUGACACGGACGGCUUCAUCCAUGAUUCAGGCCUACGGGGCAGUGGAUCGGCCUCGCCUGGCAUCCAAGGUGAAGGUGAGGGUAGCAGCCAGAACGAGCCCCCCUACUUGUUGGAGACCAUCCACGUGAAGAUGAAGGCUUUCAGGAAGGAGCUGCAAGCCUUCCUGGAGCAGAUGACCCGGAUUGUGGACGGUCUGUCGCCCUUAUCCCACCUCACAGAGUCAUCCAGCUUCCUCUCCACCGUGACUUCGGUGUCCCGGGACUCCCCCAUCGGGACCCUGGGGAAGGAGCUGGGCCCAGACUUGCAGUCCAAACUGAGAGACCAGCUGGAGUGGCAGCUCAGUCAGGAUCGAGGGGACGAGAGAGAGGGCCCGCGCCUCCGAGCCACUCGGGAGCUGCACCACCGGCGUGCUGAUGGGGAUCCCGGGAGCCACGGGCUGGGAGGCCAGAGCUGUUUCAACCUAGAGCUCAGGGGCCCCCCUGCUUUACCUGAGCAGAGUGUGUCCGUAGAAGAGCUACAGGGUCAGCUCGUGCAGGCGGCCAGACUGCAUCAAGAGGAGACAGAGACAUACACAAACAAGAUCCGGAAGAUGGAAGAGGACCACCUCUACGCUCUGCGGUGGAAAGAGUUGGAGAUGCACAGCCUGGCCUUGCAGAACACCCUCCACAAGCGAACCUGGAGCGACGAGAAGAACCUGCUGCAGCAGGAGCUGCGGUCCCUGAGGCAAAACAUCUUCCUCUUCUACGUCAAGCUCAGGUGGUUGCUGAAGCACUGGCGGCAGGGCAAGCAGAUGGAGGACGGAGGAGAGGACCUCAGGGAGAGUGAACAGCCAGACAAUGUGCCUGGGUUUGCGGAGCUCGGCGUCCAGGGGGGUCACCAGACAGAUGGAACAGACCAAGAGGAUGCUGACCGAGGCUGCGGCCUUCCCAUGGGAGAGCAUGCCCCACACUCCCCGGUACACAUCGGUGAACAUGGAUCGCGGCUGCAGACUGCAGAUGGGGGACCACUCAACAGGCAGGUGGGGGAAAACCAGCAGCUGUUCAGGGCCCUCAAGGCCCUGCUGGAGGACUUCCGCUCGGAGCUGCGGGAGGACGAGCAUGCCCGGCUCCGCCUGCAGCAGCAGUAUGCUAGCGACAAGGCUGCCUGGGAUGUGGAGUGGGCCGUGCUCAAGUGCCGCCUGGAGCAGCUGGAAGAGAAGGCGGAGAAAAGCUUGGGAGAGCUCGACUCCUCUGCUGAGGGCAAAGGGGCCUUGAAGAAGGAGAGAGAGGUCCACCAGAAGCUCCUGGCUGACAGCCACGGCCUGGUCAUGGACCUGCGCUGGCAGAUCCAUCACCGGGAGAAGAACUGGAACCGAGAGAAGGUGGAGCUGCUGGAGCGACUGGACAGCGAGCGCCAGGAGUGGGGGCGGCAGAAGGAGGAGCUGCUGUGGCGAAUAGAGCAGUUGCAGAAAGAGAACAGUCCCCGGAGAAGUGGCAGUUUCCUCUGCAGUCAAAAGGAAGACAACCCUCACCCUUUUCCACACCAAGGAGGCCUCCGUGCGCCCCGACCUGUGUCCAUAUGGCCCUGUGCAGACACUGACUCCAUCCCAUUUGAAGACCGGCCGCUUUCCAAACUGAAGGAGUCGGACAGGUGCUCGGCCAGCGAGAACCUGUACUUGGAUGCUUUGUCCCUGGAUGAUGAACCAGAGGAUCCGCCACCCCUCAGGAACUGCCUUGCCGAGGAAGAAGAAAGUUGCAAGGGAAAUCUUCAAAGGGCUGUGUCCGUGUCCUGUAUGUCUGAAUUCCAGCGUCUGAUGGACGUCUCCCCAUUCCUGCCUGAGAAGGGCCUGCCGUCUGCCAGCAGCAAGGAGGAUGUCACUCCGCCCCUGUCUCCCGAUGACCUGAAGUACAUCGAGGAGUUCAACAGCAAAAACUGGGACUACACUCCCCCCAGGACUGGGACUGAUAGGCCUCCAGACCUCUGGGCAGACAGGACCGAGGUGGGGCGGGUAGGACAGGAGGCCACCACAGAGCCUUUUCCUGACUCCUCCUGGUACCUGACCACAAGUGUCACCAUGACGACGGACACCAUGACCAGCCCGGAGCACUGCCAGAAGCAGCCCCUGCGGAGCCACGUCCUCACCGAGCAGUCUGGGGUGCACGUAUUGCACAGCCCACCUGCCAUCCGCCGGGUGGACAGUCUAGUGUCGGGCGGGGAGGGCAGGAGCCGAGGAGACCCCAAGGGCCCCUUCCCCGUGAGCAGAGCGAGAGGGAACCUGGCAGAUGCCAAGGGAGGUCACCCGGAACCUGUGCUCAACAGGUGGCCUUGCGCCCCACCCAGGCACCCCCGAGACUAUGUGGAGGGGUCCCUCCGCCCCCUAGACAGACCCGUCUGCCCCUCCCUGGGGUUCACCUCCCCCCUGCACAGCCUAGAUAUGUCUAAGAACAUGAGUGAUGACAUGAAAGAGGUGGCCUUCUCUGUCAGGAAUGCCAUCUGCUCUGGUCCCGCUGAGCCACAAGUCAGGGAUAUGGCUUGCCAGACCAACGGGUCCAGGGCUGCAGGGACACAGACCAUCCAGACAAUCAGUGUGGGCCUGCAGACUGAGGCCCUGCGGGCCGGCGCCGGCGGCGUCACCAGCAGCCCCCACAAGUGUCUCACACCAAAAGCCGGAGGUGGCACCACACCCGUGUCUUCUCCUUCCCGAAGCCUUAGGAACAGACAGGUGGCCCCUGCCAUCGAGAAGGUGCAGGCCAAGUUUGAACGCGCCUGCUGCUCCCCAAAGUAUGGUUCCCCCAAGCUUCAGAGAAAGCCCCUCUCAAAAGCUGACCAGCCAAAUAGCAGGACCUCACCGAGCAUGGCCCAGAAAGGGUUCAGCAAGUCGGCCUGGGCCCGCUCCACCACCACCAGGGAGAGCCCUGUGCACACCACCAUCAACGAUGGCCUCUCCAGCCUCUUCAACAUCAUCGACCACAGUCCGGUCGGGGUGCGAGCCGGGAGCCGCUCUCACUCAGCGGAACCUCGCCAGGAGCUGGGUCCAGGCCAGGAAACGGGCACUAAUUCCCGAGGGAGGUCGCCCAGCCCCCUAGGGGUGGGCUCAGAGACGACGUGCCGGGGGGAUGGUGGAGAGAGCACACCCGUGAGACAGGACUUAUCCGCGCCCCCCGGCUACACACUCGCUGAGAAUGUGGCCCGGAUCCUCAACAAAAAGUUGUUGGAGCAUGCCUUAAAGGAGAAGCUAGCCAGCACCCACAGCCCCUCAGGUCUCACCAGCGACAGCCACACCGGAGAAGCAGGACCAGCUGAACCAGGAUCCAUGGAGGAACUACCUUGUUCUGCACUCGCGCCAUCCUUAGAGCCCUGCUUCUCCAGGCCAGAGAGACCAGCAAACCGCCGCCUUCCAUCCCGCUGGGCCCCGCCUUCCCCCACCGCCUCCCAGUCUCAGUCACCUGGAGACCCGGUGUUGGUGUCCUUGGAGGAACACGGUGAGGAGGAGCCACCCGAGGAGAAGCCACACCUGUGACGUGAUGCAAGCUUGCAUGGAUUAUCACCGGAAUAAUUCACUGUAAUUUUGCAUACCCAGACCAUCAGUCACCAUCCACCAACCUCUGCCCCCAAAGGAAAGAUGUAGCUUUCUCAAGGUCCAAGGAUGUUUUUUUUUAAAAACACACGGCUGCUGAAUGUUCAACCUGGUAAACUGAGAUGUUUCGGGAAUGAAACAGUAAACGUGCCUGUAAUAAUUUUUUCAUAGCUCAGAAAACUAUUUUUGUCUCCAUCUUUUUUACACACAAUAUAUUAAACAAAAAAGGGUAAAUAAGGUAUAAAUAGAUUUAAGAGUUUUAAAAUGUACAUCUUAAGAGAUUCCAAACACCCUUGUUCUUGAUCCUAACUGCCUCUGUUAAAUUUGCACUGUUCCAUUUUGGUUGGGUUUCUCCAUAUUGAGUUCAGAAUGUUCUAAGUUAAGUUUUAUUUUGUCCAGUGCUGAGUUUUUUAGGAGUCUUUUUUAAUGCUUCAGACUGUCCAACUCAGUAAACUCUUUUUAGUGAAAAGGCCAUGAGGCCAGAAGACAAGAGUGUCCAUAAUCUGGAAGGAUGCAGAUCAACAUGUCUGAGAAGGUACGGAGCCCCUCCGAUGACUUAAGACUCACUGUAUGACCCAUAUACUCCGCCUGCCGCACAUCCUCGGGCACCUGUACAUACCCUGCUCUUGUCCCUGCCCGCACCUGCGUGUGCGUCGGUCUGAUCCACUGUAACUCAUUGUGGAGUUCCUCGUACUGUACGGUUCCUGUCGGUCCCCCUGUCCCAAUGAGACAACAGCCCCGUUUUUAAAUUAUUGUUCAAACAUUAACUGGCAGUGUACAAAGCUCACUCGACAUUUUCUUGUUUAAGGGAAAAGCACUACAGAAAAUCCUGAGGAUGCCAAAUUGAGACAAAUGAUGGUGCCUCAGAGUCUGUCUGAGACCAUGAUGACAUAGAAAUAAAGCCCUUACAAGGUC